AUGGACGGCGGGACACCCCCGAACUACAGUUUCAACUUCACACAUAUAUUGACUUUGUUUUCGGUGAUAUUGUUCUCAGAGUUAAUUUUCACCCAGUCGUAUUUUCCUCAAGCGUUUCCACUCUUACCGAAUCCACUUGAGCGUAUAUCAACUUCUAUUGAGUAUGAGAUGUGUGGGCAUCACUGCCCGUUUCACCCGAGUAUUUGCUCUAUAUUAGGGUUUCUCGAUAUACUCAUUGAAAAUUAUUGGGUGACAAUCAUAUCACUUUCAAUCAUUGCCCGAUUUUUGGGUAAUUUACCCCAAAAUACAGUCUUGGUGUGGUUUGUUGUACAUGUAGUGUCAUAUGCAGUGAUGGGCAUUGUCCUCUUUUCGAUAUUCAACGUUGGUUUGACAACACCAUUUCUCUGUACCCCUGCACAGACCAUUCUAAGGUAUUUAUUUGGUAAAGGUGGAGAGCAAUAUUUCUAUUGGGUGGACUAUCUAAUGAAUCACAUCAAAGGGAAUUACAUCGAACAGUGUUUGUCCUUUAUUUUUAACAUAUGGAAUAGGGCUACUGUUAUUGUUGGGUUAGACAAACCCUUUGUGUAUAUUAUAUGUGGGCUGUGUACACUUUUCCGUCGGUCGUAUGCGUUCACCACGAAAAGUGUUGUUCCCAACAUAUUAAUCAUCUUCUCUAUUUCAGUCUUUGGAAUACUUUUCAAUGAAGUUCCCUUUAUUUCAGCAAUUGUAUGGACAUUAUUCACAUAUUUUGUGGGUCAUAUUGGGUUCUUGUUCUUUCUUCAUUUUGGUGCGUUACUAUUUUUGCCAAUUUUUGCAUACUCUGCCUUUGCUACAGCGUGCAGACUGAUACCACUUUUAUUACUCUUUGGUAUUAGUGAAGACUUAUGUAACGUCGCUACAUUGGCCGUGUUCGUAUGGCUGAUGACGUGGAUGUACUCAUGGGCUAAUUCAUGGACAAAUUUAUCUGCUGUGCUUGUCAUCUUCUUUGGAAUAACACAGAUCUUUAGCGCAUCAAUCGAGAAUAUUGUGUUUCUUUUCAUGCUCACUGAACUCUUCACAAGACCCAUUAAUCCAUCCGUCUGA